GCUUGAAUGCAGCAACCCCUUCAGCACAGACCUCAUGGCUCGUAGCUACGAAUUCCUCUACGGAAGGUGGGACGUUGGAUUAAAAAAGCCCCGGCUCAGAUCUGCAGGGCAGUUUCCUGCUCCCCGUCACCCAACGCCGCUGGCAGAAUGCGAGAGCCAUUGGUCUGGGAUGGAGCUGAACAGACAGCUGUCAAAAUACCAUCGGCUUUGCAAACAAUGACAGUGGCUUCUGCAAACACUACGGGCAUUGCAAACUCGCCCCACCAAACCAAACCAUGGACUCAGCAACCAACUACAGGAUUGCAUGUGCACACAGGCCACUCAAAUGGCUAAUCAUCAUGAUCAGAGGACUAUCCAGAGUUCCACAACUCUAGUGUACCAGAAAGUUAUGUGUUCUUGCCUCUGGAGCAAGUCUGAAGGGCGUUCUUUUGGAAAAGUGUGUGUGGACACACUGGAUUCUCCUGAAUAAAAUGUGGCCAUCUCGUCUCACACCAUGCGUUUAUCUUGGAACAGUUCUGCAGGUUCUGGGUGGACUAUAUUCAUUACUGCGCAUAUUGUCAAAGACAAAAGGCGCCCCUGUGUCCAGAAACAAGACUGCUUCCUGGAUAGUGUGACAGGGCACAGGAAUGGGCUUGUGCCUGAACUAGAGAGAGCCAGCUAUUUUCUUCUGAAGAAAUUGCACUCUGGACGCUGGAUUUCACAUGAAGGAUUAUAUGCGAGCGGGGAGAUAUGCUGCUUUUAGCGGAAUGGAUUUUAUUUUGAGACUUUAUCCCAAAUAGACUCUGAACCCCGGGGCCCUUCAGUGAGACUGAACAAACUUUCGGUCUACCCGAAGAGGCCAUUGGAAGAAGGGCGUCACGUGACACAGGGUGCCAAUGUUAUUCUAUAAGGGUGUCAAGACCCUGUCAGUUUGCGAAAUAAAUAUUGGGAAACAACGAGAUGCAAAAAGCGACAUACUACGACAGCUCUGCUAUUUUCGGUGGUUACACAUACCAAGCAGCAAAUGGUUUUAACUAUAAUGCUAGUCAGCAGCAAUAUCCGCCUUCGUCCCAUGUGGAAAGCGACUAUCAUCGACCUGCUUGCUCUCUGCAGUCACCUGCUAGCACUGUCCCCCAUCACAAACCCAACGAUAUCAAUGAGAGUUGCAUGCGAACCAGUGCCAGCCAACCCAGUCACCCUCCAGUUAUCCCAGAGCAACAGCAGAAGCAGCCACCACCUCCACCACCACCUCCACCGUCUGUCUCACCACCCCAAAAUACCAGCAGCAACUCGACCCAGUCCAGCACAAGCAAGAAUCCCACUCUUACCUCACAAACCACCAUUUCUAAGCAAAUAUUCCCCUGGAUGAAAGAGUCGCGCCAAAACGCCAAGCAAAAAAACAGCAGUUCCAGCUCAGUUGAAAGCUGUGCUGGUGAAAAAAGUCCUCCCGGGCCAGCCUCUAAGAGGGCACGCACAGCAUAUACCAGUGCCCAAUUGGUGGAACUGGAGAAGGAGUUUCACUUUAAUCGCUACCUUUGCAGGCCCCGGAGAGUCGAAAUGGCCAACCUGUUAAACCUCACUGAAAGACAGAUUAAAAUCUGGUUCCAGAAUCGUAGAAUGAAGUACAAGAAGGAUCAGAAGGCAAAAGGCAUGCUAACUUCCUCUGGAGGACAGUCACCCAGCAGAAGCCCCAUCCCACCACCAUCUGUAGGAUUAUAUGCAAAUUCCAUGCAUUCCUUGGCAAGCAAUGCUCCGUAUGACCAACAUUCACCUACGUCCUUUAACAAACCUCAUCAAAACACCUAUGGAAUUCCUACGUCUUACCCUGCACCCCUCAACAAUUGCCCACCUCCACAGAAGAGGUAUGCUGGGACGGCUGCUGUGACACCCGAAUAUGAAACACAUCCUCUUCAAGGCAAUGGAGGAUAUGGGACUCCUCAUUUACAGGGUAGCCCAGUGUAUGUUGGGGGAAACUUUGUGGAAUCCAUGUCUAGCUCUGGGCCUUCCCUUUUCAGCUUAACCCACCUUGGUCACCCUCCUUCUGGAAACAUGGACUACAGUGGUGCUGGACCAAUGACCAGCAACCAUCACCAUGGACCUUGUGAUCCACAUCCUACAUACACAGACCUUUCUUCACACCAUCCAUCUCAGGGAAGAAUUCAGGAAGCCCCCAAACUGACUCAUCUGUAAUGGACCAGUUAGCUGUGGUGAACUAUCACUUUCUCAUGGGUUUAUGUCAUGUUACCUUCGAUUCUCCCCUCCCCCACUCUUGUUUUUCUUUAGUAUCAACCUCUAUGGUUCAUAUGUAAUGUUGUACCUAUCGACAACCCUUGCUUGCAUUGCUCUAUCUCUGUUAGUGGUUGUUUAUCUUCAUGGACUCCAGCCUUAGCAUUCAUUAGUAGAAGUGAAAUACUAAGGCUCACAGAACUUUGCAUAUAAUCUUCUACUCUUAUGGAACAGGGUAUAUGAACAAAUUUUCUAAAAAUUACUUAAAUGUGAAUUUGUUCGUGCUUUAUUUUUCCUUUUGAGGAACAGUAAAAUAGUUUAUAUUGCACUUCUUUACAUUGAAUGGUUAAAACAAGAUCAAAGCGCUCGAACAGAGCAAAUAAGAGUACUUGUACGUCUUUCAGUAUGUGUGUAUGCUGGUGAACAUUCAAAUUUAUUUAUUUGCUCUCGCAAAGGAGAAUAUUCUAAGUGUUUAAAGUAUUAUUUAUCCCCAUUGACGCAUAUUUAUAAAGAGAACUGUACAUUGACUAUUUACUUGGUUCUGUUCAGCCUUGUGUUUAAGUCAUGGUAAAUAUAUGUUUGUUUGUUUUUUUAAAAAAUCAUGUAAAAUACACAGAAAAGUAGUUUUCUUUUAGUAAUGUAUUCCUGGAAAAUGCAACUUGGUCAAUCGUGGGAAUAAUGCCAAGAGAAAGGACAUAGUCUGUAACUGUAGUAUUCUUAAAAUGGAACACAAAAUUGCCACAAUUUUGUUUUAGGUAUACAUUCCAUGCUGCAAAUGAGAUAUCCAUGGAACAGCUAGUUCUGACGAAUAAAUUUUUUUUGGUCAGCAAUAUGGUGUUGCUUGUGUUAACUAAAAUGAGAUAUACGCAUUUUUUCAAGCAUUUGCAAGAAUAUAACACCAUGCAGCAAGAAAUAGCAAAGCACAUAGCUCAGUAGUCAGUCUUCCUUUGUGUUAUGUUGGCUCUGUGGUGCUUCAACCCCCGCACUGAAAGAUCAUCCAUUAUCAUGUGGCUUGCAAAUGUCUCCCAAUGCUGCAUUUAUUUAGUCCAAAACGGAAAGCGACACAUUUCUCCCUUGCACAAAGAAUGAAACGACUCUACUGGCUUCAAAUUUGUUUGUUUAUUGGUUUGACCAAAGUAUAUGUGGUUCAUAAGGAUUACAGAUAUUACAGCGGGUGAAAAUAUUUCACCAGCGCUUAGAAACAUUGCCAUUGCCGCCUGGUUCGAUUCCCAAAUAAUCCUGGACAUGCGAAGGGAGAGAGAGAGAGAAAAAAAACGUCAGGAUUCAUAAAUGCUUCCUUUUAAAUAUCCGCCCCCCAUCCCCCCACCAAAAAAUGCCUACUAUUCAUAUUACAAAAACACGGGAAACGCUAUAGAAAUUAUUUCAUUGAUUUUAAUUGUUAUACAAACUAAUCACGGUUUUGCUUAGCUUUUUUUAAAGGAGAAAAUUCAUUAUAAAUAAAUUCAGUUCUACGUGUUUAUAUUUCCAUAGAUGUAACGCAUAUCCUUCGCAUCCAGUGAUAUAAUAUUAAUUACGGGUGAGAAAACGUUAAUGUUCUGGUCAUUCGACUCUUGUGUGUUUUAAUACUUUAUACAUUUCACAUCAAAUUUGCUCUUCAAUAUGUUCUUUAAAUAUUAAAAUGUUUUUUGUAAAAAAAAGUCAUCAAUCGAAAAGUAUUUUCAAGAUUUCUUUUAAUUCUUAUAUCUAGUGCUAAAAACUGUAUAAAUUUAGUUUUAAAUCCAUAUGUUCCGCUCCAGCAACUGUUUUGUUUUAAAAAAAUCAAAAUGAACUACUCUGUUGUAAAGAUAAUGUGCCUUUACGCGAAUUAUUUAUUUACCAAACAAUUUUUUUUAUGUUUUGCCAUUAGCUGGCACGGACAUUGAUUCAUUUAUUCCAAUUAGUAAACAGGCCAGGGACAUAAAAUAUGGAUGUUUAGAGGUUUUAUUAUUGUCCACCAAAAGUUGCUCAUCGAUUUUCUUUAAUUGCGGGCUAAGAUAAGGAAGAAAAAAGGCGUUAUUUUUUCAAAAAGCUGAAGAGAAUUUCCGAGUUGUAGAGUCUUAAGCGUGCAGAAAGCAGACGCCAUGUCGUCGGCAUGCUCACUAUCAGAGCUUCCCAAAGGACAAGCUGUCCAAUUUAUCUUCCUCUCCAAAAUACAUAGGAGACUUUCUUCACUCAGCUAGCAAAGCUUUAAAUGUGAUACAACUCCGCUGUAUAUUUACCAACUGGAAGGAUGUUAGCUAACAAUAGAAUAUAUACUGCACUUAUAUCAUCCUAUCCUGAUUAAAAAAAAUACAAAUUCCGCAAGUUCAAAUUGAACACAAUUAUUUUGGUGAGUUUUUAGGGGCCGGGGUCAACCUUUUUUUCCAUGCAUGUAAUAAAUUAUAUGUGCUGUAAACGACAGCAUAUUUUAAGGAGGUCUGUUUUUUUAGACGAGACAACGAUUUCCGUGGUUUUGCAAAAAGGGUUAAUAAUGUAAUAUUAAAACCAAAUCAAAUUAUUAUGACACGCUUGCUGGGUUUCCAAAUGUUUAUUUCAACGAAAAUGAGAGAAAUUUAAAAAAUAUAUUUCAAGUUGGAGUCAGUAAGCCUAAUUAUUUCAGGUUGUUUGCGAGAAUAUUUUGUUUUUGAAAGCACAGAAUUUGGCCGUGGUGCAUUCUCGGGAAUAUAUAUAUAUAUAUAUAGAUGUAGUUAUGGAUUUCUCCUCGGAAUGUAUGAAAUAUCUGUUUAGAAAAUAGUGCAAUGUAUCCACUGAAUAGUUAGUUAUUUUACAACUACUUAAAAUUAUUAAGAGGAUAUUUCUCGCAAAUAUGGUUUGCAGAUCCGAAGCAUUCCCCGAACUCGGCAGGAUGUUUUUUUGUUUUGUAAACCUAACAAAUACCAAGGACAUAAACAAAAUUAACAUUUUAA